CCGAGACCACCUCUCACCCUCACGUUCUUAAGCAGCAUCAAGGCAGAAGAGAAGCCACUCGGCCCUGGCGCGGCGCUGCGCGACUUCGCUUUGCUGGCAGGAGCCGGCCGCGGAGAACCCGACAGGCCAUUGGAGUGCACUGCUGCGGAGGGAGGGGACCCCGACUCCAGUGAGUUUGCGAGAGCGCGACGCAGUCAGUCGGGGCAGCGGCAAGAUGCGGAGCGCGCCGUGCAGACCCGGAGCUCUCCGAACGCAACUCCGCCCUGCCUGAGCGAGGCUGCGGUUUCCGAGGCCCUCUCCAGCCAAGGAAAAGCGACACAAAAAGCCUGGAUCUUUCGCUGAACCACCCUUGCAGCGAUUGAAGGUUCUCUCGGCCUCGCCCUCUAGCGUUCGUCCGGAGAGGCGCCACCCCGGGUUCCUGGGGACACAGUGCGGCAUUAUGGGGUCCACCAGCAUCCCGCUGGUCAAGGCCCUCCGCAGCUCGGUCUCCGAUUAUGUCAACUAUGAUAUCAUCGUCCGGCAUUACAACUACACGGGAAAGCUGAAUAUCAGCGCGGACAAGGAGAACGCCAUUAAACCCACCUCGGUGGUGUUCAUUCUCAUCUGCUGCUUUAUCAUCCUGGAGAACAUCUUUGUCUUGCUGACCAUUUGGAAAACCAAGAAGUUCCACCGCCCCAUGUACUAUUUUAUUGGCAACCUGGCCCUCUCAGACCUGUUGGCAGGAGUGGCCUACACAGCCAACCUGCUCUUGUCUGGGGCCACCACCUACAAGCUCACGCCCGCCCAGUGGUUUCUGCGGGAAGGGAGCAUGUUUGUGGCUCUGUCUGCCUCGGUGUUCAGCCUCCUGGCCAUCGCCAUCGAGCGCUACAUCACCAUGCUGAAGAUGAAACUCCACAACGGGAGCAACAGCUUCCGCUCCUUCCUGCUCAUCAGCGCCUGCUGGGUCAUCUCCCUGAUCCUGGGCGGCCUGCCCAUCAUGGGCUGGAACUGCAUCAGCGCGCUGCCCAGCUGCUCCACCGUGCUGCCGCUCUACCACAAGCACUAUAUCCUCUUCUGCACCACAGUCUUCACGCUGCUGCUGCUCUCCAUCGUCAUUCUGUACUGCAGGAUCUACUCCUUGGUCAGGACGCGGAGCCGCCGGCUGACCUUCCGCAAGAACGUUUCGAAGGCCAGCCGCAGCUCCGAGAAGUCGCUGGCCCUGCUCAAGACAGUGAUCAUCGUCCUGAGCGUCUUCAUCGCCUGCUGGGCGCCGCUCUUCAUCCUGCUGCUGCUGGAUGUGGGCUGCAAGGUGAAGACCUGCGACAUCCUCUUCAGAACCGAGUACUUCCUGGUGUUAGCUGUGCUCAACUCCGGCACCAACCCCAUCAUUUACACUCUGACCAACAAGGAGAUGCGCAGGGCCUUCAUCCGGAUCGUGUCCUGCUGCAAGUGCCCCAGCGGAGACGCCCCCGGCAAGUUCAAGCGACCCAUCGUCGCCGGCGUGGAGUUCAGCCGCAGUAAAUCGGACAACUCAUCCCACCCCCAGAAAGACGAGGCGGACAACCCAGAGACCAUUAUGUCUUCUGGAAACGUCAACUCUUCUUCUUAAAACUGGAAGCUGCCGACCCACCGGAAGCUCUUACAAGGUCACCCACCGCCCCAGCGUUUGGAAACGAAUCUCUGGGCUUCCACUGCUGCCAGGGGGAGCUGCUGCGAGCCAGAGGGAGGAAGAGGGAGAACACGAACGGCCUGGUGGGGCCGGGUGUCGGUGGGUAGUUAGUUCCUGUGAACAAUGCACUGGGAAGGGUGGAGAUCAGGUCCCGGCCUGGAAUAUGUUUCCUCCCCCCACCCCUUGGAGCUUUGAUUUUGCACUGAGCCAAAGGUCUAGCAUUGUCAAGCUCCCGAGGGGUUCUUUUGGCCCCUCCUCAAAGACUAAUAUCCCCAUGUGAAAGCGUCUGUUUGUCUGGAACUUUGAGGAGAAGAUGUUUUCUUUCACUUCAGUUUCAAACCCAAGUGAGUGCCUGCACUUCUGCUUCUCUGGGGAUGCUUUGUGGGUCCCGCCCUCCCUCCUCAAAAUUCUUUUACUUUAUAUUUUAACUACCUGGCAUUCAUCAGACCUGAAGUUGUGGCAUGGUCCAUUUCCUGAUCAUCUGUAGCAGGUAGGCUGCGUGGAGUAGGUAGGCGGUGAGGAGACGGAGGUGGUUUGGAGGUGUAGAGCAAUUUUCAUUUGCUGAGGCCAAAGUUUCCAUGUAAGCAGGAUCAAUUUUUUGAAUUUGGCUGAAGGCACUUUGAUUUUUUUAAAAACCAUCUUUCAAUGAAAUGUGUUACAGUUUCACAUUCACUAUGGCUGAAAUCUGCCUAAGGAAUUCCACUUUAUCUAAAUGAUACCAGCCAGGAUCCUUAGUGUCAUAGGAGAAGCAAACAAGCAAAACAAGGUGAAAGCUGACCGGGUUAACUUUUGUAAACCAAGGGAGAUUUCCUAAUGAAUUAGUCUAACAAAUACAACAUCUGUCUUUGGCACUUUUGUUGAUGUUUAUUUCACAGUGUUGUGCGAUCAUUUUGAACAACAAGAUGAUUGUAUUUUGUGUGAAAAGUACUUUUUGUGAUUUUUGAAUGUAUUUGUUUCGGUGGGGAUCAUUUUAUUGGAUUUUUUUCUAACCUGUGUUAACACCAUUGAAUGUGUAUUUCUCAAGAAAACACCACCCUCUCGUGCCCUUAAAAAAAGCAUUACUUUAACUGAUAGGGAAUACCACAAGUUUUUCAGUUCAGCUGUUCAUUAGAUAGUAAUUGAAGAUAUGUAUAAAUUUUACAAAGAAUAAAAAUAUAUUACUGUCUCUUUAGCAUGGUUUUCAGUGCAAUUAAACGAAGAAAUGUCUUGUUUAAAAAAUAGUAUUUAAUAGGUUUCUGACUUUUGUGGGUCAUUUUGCACAUAGCUUUAUCAACUUUUAAACCUUAAUAAAUUGAUUUUUUU